AUGAUAAAAAAAGCUUUUUACAAAAAUCCAUUCAAAUUUUCUUUCAACAAAACAAUUCAUCAUUUUCAUUCAAUUUCAAAUUUGCCUAAUCGUUCUUUUCUACCCUUAUUUCCUCGUGAAUAUUAUGUUGAUAAACCUUUAGAAUUUGUUGCACCCAAAACUUUACUACCUCUACUUUCAUCCAUUCAAAAUGAUAGAAAAGAUGAAACUUGGUUAAUUUAUCAACAGUUGCUAGCUUCUGAAAAGCUUCAUCUACUAACAACCCAACAUUUUUCUUUAUUAUUACAAUCCAUUAAUUUUAAAACAUUUCCGCCUAAUAAAACAGAAAUACAACAUUUAACGGAGCAACUAUUUUCAAUUUUUAGACAAAUGAAAUACUUGGGUCAUAAACCUGAUGUAACAGACUAUACACAUCUAUUAUCAAUAUUUAGCAGACUUAGAGAUGUUAAACUAUCUGAAAAAUUAUGGCAGGAAGCAAUAGACGAUGGUGUUGUACCUUCUAUACAUUUGUAUAAUACAUAUUUGGCAUCUUGUUUACACCCCAGAAGACCUAAUUUAGGGAAGGCAAAGGCUAUUUUACAUGACCUUAAAAAAAAGCAGAUAAAGAAUAAUUUAACAACCUUGAGUCUGGUGAUACGGUUAUAUGCCAAAGAAUUUGAUAUUAGAAUAGCACAGGAAUUUCUUGAAAUUACAUUUUUACCAACAAAAGAGAAAGCAGAAAUGAUUAGUAAAUUUAAAAAUUUAGCAAAUAGUUUUUUGGGUAAAGUUAAUUUAUCAACUGAUAACUUUCAACUUGAUAAGGAUGAGAAUACUGAAAGAUUAACCAAAUUUUCUGAUUCUGACGAUUACGCAUAUGGCUGUGCCAGGCAUCUGAGAACCAAGAGGAUGCGCUAUCAAGCUCAACGAAAUAUGAUAUUGUUUGAAGAAGGCAAAGUUGAAGCCAAGGAUUAUAAUGACGACAAAAGUAUAAGUCUAGAUCAGCACAGUGAACUGAGGAAAGGGGCCUUUGCAAAUUAUGGUUCAAAUAUCACGGAUGAAGAGAAAAGCAAUUCUGGACGCUUGGUAACUAUUAUAAUCUUCAAUAAACCCUCAUUCAGUAAACUAAUCCAAUCUCAAAUGCUUAAGGCUUACAAAUGGAAUCAGAGUUCUGAAUGGAUUGUGCUCGACUUUGAAGCAUUGAAACAUAAGAGCCCAAUCUGUCCACAUUUGUCAUCAAAAUG